AUGGAUGCUCUUCAUUGUAUUGAUUUUUUAUGGAUAAAUUUAGUAAGAUUUGCAAUUCCAAGUUAUUUAUAUAUUCAAACUUUUCGUUUUGUAACUUGGUUGGAUAUUUAUUUAUUUUUUGUUCAUCAUAUCUCAAAUUGUUUGUUAUGCUUCAAUCGAUUUAGUGCAACAUUUCUUCAAUUUGAAAAAGUUUGGAAAUCAAAACUAAUAAAUUCAUAUAUAAUUGGAAUAAUUGUUCUAUCCUUCAUUACAUCAAUACCAAUUAUGAUAAAAGAUCGAGAUAUUAUUUAUCAAAAUGGACAAUUAAUAACUUUAAAGGUAAGUGGAAACUAUUAAAAUGUAUAAUAAUAUUUAGACUUUUAGAUUCACACUGAAUUAAUAAUUCAACGUAUAAUUUUAUCAAUAUUCAUGUUUAUAACAGAAAUUGCAAGUUCAAUUGUUAGUAUUUGGACACUUCAUAAAAUUCGAAGUAAACAAACUAAAAGAUUCGAGAAAAAUUUGAUAAUGAUAACAUGUUGGCAUGUAGUUUUUGAAUUGAUUCCAUUUUAUUAUGAAGUUGCCAAUGUUUUCGAACUUGAUGAUGCUUUUUCAAAAUGGGUUUAUACUUAUGUGAGUUCUCAUAAACAUUUUUAGAUUGAGACGUCCAAAAUCGAACUAUUUCCAAACAUGAUUUGAAUUCAAAAUUUUUAAACUUCAAAAAUUAUUAGGACGAAACACAUUUAUGUCGAGAAAUCAAUUCAAAAAUUCCAUAACCUAAAUGCCACGUAGAAAAUUGAGCAAGUUCACGCUUUUAAUAAAAAACAUUAACAUUUUCAGUGGUUUACAUUUGCAUUUAUUUUAUUUUCAAGCAACACAUUAACAAUGCUUAUUAUCAAUCCAAAACUACGAAAUGAUAUCAAAUUAUUUUUCAAACUCAAGAAGCCAACAAAAAAUGAAAUCAGAACAAUUUCGUUGCACAGUAAAGGACAAAAUAAUAAUAGAGUUAUAAUAGUUUAA